UCUUGAACAUCUUUACGUAUUCUGUCUCUCUCUCUCUCUCUCUCUCUCUCUCUAACUUUUCUUCUCUCUCCUAUUCUGCAAUUCUUGUUUCGAUUCGGAUUUUUGUGGUACCCGGUCUGUCCAAACCUCUCUUAUCUUUUUUCAACGAAGCAUUAUUCUAUUUUUCGUGUCUUGGCUUGGCUUCCCUCCUUUACCACUAUCUUACAGCACCCUGCCACUUGCUCUCUGCUUUCCUCUCCCGUCUGUCUGUUUCAGCAUUCUCCAUUAAAUUCAGGCUUUGACCUGAUCUGCACAUUCCUGAUCACAAAAGCAUUACGAAUAUCAUGACGAAGAAGGUUGUAUUGAAGCUGGAUUUAAACGAUGACAAAGCCAAGCACAAGGCCUUGAAAACCGUCUCUACUCUUUCAGGCAUUGAUUCCAUUGAAAUAGACAUGAAGGAGAAGAAUCUAACUGUGAUAGGGACAGUGGAUCCAAUAUAUAUUGUGAGCAAAUUGCGCAAAUAUUGGCCAGUGGCAGAUAUAAUAUCUGUUGGACCGGCAAAAGAGCCUGAGAAGAAAGAGGAGGCGAAGAAGGAAGAAGCAAAGGCAGCCGAGGAGGGGAAGAAAGAGGAAUCCAAGAAAGAAGAAGAGAAGAAGGAAAAGCCUGACCCUGUUUUAGAGCUUGUCAAGGCUUACAGAGCUUAUAAUCCCCACCUCACCUCAUAUUACCAUGUCCAAAGCAUGGAAGAGAAUCCAAAUGCCUGUGUUAUUUGUUAAAUAGGCUAUCAAAUAUAUAUGUCGUGAAAGAUAAUGAUCUCUUCUUGUUUAUGAUCAUUAAUGGUUUAAUAUUGGAGUUUUGUCAAAA